GUAAUAACACCAUCAAGUAAUUGUUCUGUGGGCUACUCUAAAACUUAGCCUUGGGGUCUAUUUAUGUGAUUUCUCUUUGUGCCUAUACCUUUUAAUUACCUACUCUUCUUCAUCUCUUAAGCCCUCUGCCAUAGCUUCUGCAAUUACAGAAAAAUAUUAGAAGAAAGGAAAUGGCAGCAGAUGUGAGUUCCAUGGUGAAGGGUCGGAAUUCAGAGAUUCUGAUCACAAGGGACUUGCUUGGAGGCUUAUCUAAAGUUAGAAACACUUCCCCUUUGGAUCUCGAUUUACAAAUCCCUAAAUCCUGCUUGGAAAUGCCUCUUCAUUUGCAGACAGCAGCGAUGGUGUAUCAGCAGAGAUGCAACUCUCCAAAUUCACCAUUGUCUUCAUCGUUUGCAAAGAGGAACGAUAAUAAAGAUACAGAAAAAACCAUCCAAGACAAUAAAGAAUGUCCACCAUUGAAAUUCUUGGAAGAAAGCUGCCUGGAAUUGAAGCUUCUUCCUUCCAGCCAUUGCCAAAGUGUCUGUACACUUGACAAGGUUAAGUCUGCUCUACAGAGGGCGGAGAAAGAAACCAUUAGCAAGAAACGAUCAUCACUUCCAUCACACAUUGAACAAGAAGAACAACAACAAGAAAAAGGUGGUAAAAGUAGCGGCGGCGGCGGCGGCGGCGGUGAUGGUGAUAAUGGGAUGUUUGCUGCAGGGUGCCCUGGCUGUUUCAUGUAUGUGAUGACAUUGAAGACUAACCCUAAAUGCCCUCGCUGCAAUUCCACUGUUCCAUCUCCAUUUCUGUUGAAGAGGCCAAGGAUUGAUCUGAAUGCAUGAUCACUUUGAUUUUCCAGUUUAUAGUAUAUGGUUAAUUGCUAAGUAGACUAUUAUUAUUCUACUUUGCUCUCUUUUUGUUUUUCUUCAAUUUCUUUCAAAUAUUCUGAUUUUGUGAAUAAAAAAUAGGUUUUAUUUAUUGUUAGAUAUGUAUAUUUUUAAAUUUGAAAUCAAUUGUAGGAUGGGGUAGCCAUGAUAAUGGUUAAGAGGGUUGAAAUUUGGUUUGUAGCUAAUUGGAAGUAUGGAUUUAGAGACUUUUACUUGGAUGUAUAUGUUAGGCGGCAUGUGAUUGAUAUUUUGGAUUUAUGUUGGCACUGAAUUUGUGGGGAACUAAUGAUGUUGUUUUUUUAA